AUGACACAAAAAUUUCAAACUCGUUUUGCUGAUUCUUAUCCUCAUUUGCCUAUUCUUCUUUUCACUCAAAAUUUAUCACUCACAGGCAAUACAAGUAAACUUAUUUUAUUGGCAAAUGGAUUUUUUAAUAGUCGAGAUUGGGAAGGUAUUGGUGCACCACAUAAAACAUCGACACAAAAAAUGACUGAACUCUAUUGUCCAUUUUUUUCUAAUCGUUGUGAUAUAACAAUCGAUUUUAAUCGUCUUUCUGAAGCAGAUGCUGUUGUUUAUCAUAUGUAUAAUGAUAUUGACAAAACGCUAGUUACUGGAAAACGUCAUCCUAAACAACGUUUUGUAUUUGCUUUAUGGGAGUCACCAGCGAAUUCACGGAAUUUAGGUUCUUAUGGUCGAUUUUUCAAUUGGACAAUGACUUAUCGAUCUGAUUCUCAUAUUCUAACAUCAUAUUAUUCUCAAACUGCAUAUUUCCAUAAAUCAAAUCCUUAUUAUCAAUUACUGUUAAAAGAAAAUUCUACACAUCAACUUAACUUGCAAACAAAAAAAGUCGACCAUCGACCAUCCGAUGAAGUAUUACAAAAGAAAAAAUUAGGUACAGCUGCUGCUUUAAUAUCAAAUUGUGGUGGUUCCAGUCAACGAUUACAAUUUAUAGAUAAAUUAAAACGUUAUAUUGAUGUCAAAGUUUAUGGAACGUGUGGAGAAGGGUGUCCAUCAAAUAUGAAUUGUCGACAAUUUAUAGCUGAAAACUAUUUUUUUAUUCUUAGUUUUGAAAAUAGUCUUUGCUUAGAAUAUACAACUGAGAAAUUUUUCGAUUCACUUCAAUAUCCAGUUGUACCAGUUGUACGAGGACAAACAAAUUAUUCCUACUUUAUUCCAUCAUCUGGAUAUAUUGAUACCAAUGAAUUUUCUAAUAUGAGUUCAUUAGCUCGAUAUCUUAAUGAAACUCGUUAUAAUAAAAAAAAAUAUUUAUCAUAUUUUUCAUGGAAAAAAGAUUAUGUUUGGGGUUUACAUAAAUUUAUGAGUCCAUUUUGUGAUCUUUGUUUACGUCUUCAUCGUGAUUCAAAACCAAAUAUUAUUGAUGAUAUUCACGAUUGGUGGUUUAAUGGCACUUGUGAACAACAAGUACGUAUACCUGCUUGA